CCGCCAAUGCGCUGGAGCGGGGGCCCAAACCCGCCUGUAGCCCGCCCUGCUGCGACCUGCUACACCACUGCACUGCUGGGCGCUUGCGUGCUCGGCCAUGGUGUCUCGCGGGGAUGUGCUGCUGUAGUAAUAACUUAGCCUCGACAAAUUACUAGCCUGAUCAGAUGAGAGUCCACUCGUGGGGUGUUGCUUUUCAUCAUUCGUGGUCAGCUUUUCUCCUCUUCUUCUCUUCUUCUUCUUUUUUUUUUCUCUUUUCCCCCUCGUUGUUGUUGCUGCUGUCCAACAAACCUCGCCUGCUAACCGCUUCUCGCCCCUAAAAAAUCGCUCGCCGCUUUUACGUCGCCAGCCUCGGCUUUCUCGCUCGUACCUCCCGUGGGGCCCCGGUUCUCCGAAUAUCGCCGCUUUUGACUCAAAGCCCGUUUCCAGCAUCGGCUGCUGCACACACGACACCAAACUGCUCUCUCCGCCCUACGCUACGCUACACGCACACUCUCCGGCCCGGGUAGCGCGUGCUCUUCUUUGCUUCCCUCCCUCCUUUUUCUCUUUCUUCUACUUCCACAUCAAACUCGUCCUUUUUUUAUUUUCAACCCGCAUUGCGCUGUCAAACACCACAUCGAGGACGGGACCAUUGCCGCACUGGUCCAUGUCCCUCCUAACCCAAUCGGUAAAGACAGCAGCAACAACAACCCCAACUUCCCCUACCCACAUAUUCAAGUCCUUCCUCCAACAACUACGCGCUCUCAAUCCCAUAUCGCGCUCGCCCGAAAUGUCGUGGAAGGCUUCAGAACCGUUGAUGAAUACCAUCAGGCAUUAUGCCAAGUUCCCAGCAACGGGUGUCAGCCUGCGCCAGAUGGUCCAGUUUGGCGACAACCCGUCCACCGGCACCCUCUUCAAAGCAUCCCAAUUCCUGGCCGAGGAGCUUCCGAUCCGACUGGCGCACCGUGUGCAAGAGCUCGAAGACCUGCCCGAUGGUCUCAAUGAGAUGCAGUCUGUUCAAAAAGUCAAGGAUUGGUACGCACAAUCCUUCGAGGAAAUCACACAACUAGGACGCCCCGAGCUCGACAAAGAAACGCGUGAUCGUCUGAUGAAACCUGCUCGCAUCAAUGGUCGCGGUAUUCCCCAACACCUCUCAGAAGCUACGCCUAACCCGUCACUGGAAGAGGGCGAGGCCUCUGGCUGGGGUGGCUUGAACCAGCACAACGGCAACGGCAACGGCCACGGCAAAAAGUCCAUCUCAAGACGAUACUUUGCGACUGUUGACGACUCUGGAUCUUGGCCCGCCGAGCUUCAGCUUUACAACCAGCGCUUUGCACAGACCCUUCACACCAUUAAGCGCCGCCACGACGGUGUUGUCACAACCAUGGCCCAGGGUAUUCUCGAGUACAAGCGAAGCCGCCAACGGAUGCAAAUCGACAGCUCUAUUCAGUCUUUCCUCGACCGCUUCUACAUGUCGCGUAUUGGUAUCCGUAUGCUCAUCGGCCAGCACAUUGCCCUCACAGACCAAAGCCGCCAGCUCGACCCCACGUACGUCGGCGUCAUCUGCACCAAGACCAAUGUCCACGACCUUGCGCGCGAAGCCAUUGAAAACGCUCGCUUCGUCUGCGAGGACCACUACGGCCUCUUUGAAGCGCCCAAGGUCCAGCUCGUCUGCAAUCCUAACCUCGACUUCAUGUACGUCCCCGGCCACUUGUCGCACAUGCUUUUCGAGACUCUCAAAAACUCUCUGCGCGCUGUUGUCGAGACACAUGGCAUGGACAAGCAAGAAUUCCCCGUCACCAAGGUCAUUGUCGCGGAAGGCAAGGAAGACAUCACAAUUAAGAUUUCCGACGAAGGCGGCGGCAUUCCCCGCAGUUCUAUCCCCCUUGUCUGGACAUACAUGUACACAACCGUUGACCGAACGCCCAGCCUGGACCCAGAUUUUGAUAAGAGCGAUUUCAAGGCACCCAUGGCUGGUUUUGGCUACGGACUGCCUAUAUCAAGAUUAUACGCCCGCUACUUUGGCGGUGAUUUGAAACUGAUUAGCAUGGAAGGCUACGGAACCGACGUAUACCUCCAUCUGAACCGUCUAUCAUCCUCCUCCGAGCCUCUACAAUAGCAACUAAGCCCCACCUCUCCGCUAUUCAAAGCUUGCAAAUCUUCUUCCUCGACCUCCUCGUCCCGCUCAACCUACCGCGGCAAGUCCGCCUCCGCCAUGUUGCACCCGCUUGUUCUGAGCAAGCAGCUUAAGGACCGUCGCUCGCGCGAGGUAACAAUGCGUAGGCAAGUCGGCGACGCCGAAGCCGUGGUCAAUGCCCCCGAGGGCUCAUACUCCGGCAAAGGCGACGAUCGCCAAGUCUAAAGAGCAGCUUGUGCUUUUACUCGCCGGUUAGCCCGGGCUCUCAGAGGAACUGGAUUUGCGAUGCUUCUGAUGGAAAAUGUCAAGGCUGGCCGCCCAGACUUUUACGAGGAGAGUAAGGGGGCAUGCAAAAUACGGCUUGGGCAUUGCCUCACUGAAACAAGCAAACAAAAACACAAACAAACCUUUCCAUGACAUGAGCCGACACAUAGCGCUUUGGGAAAAGCCAUUUACGCAUAAAGACUGACUAGAAGUCGUCUGUUAUCCGGGUAUACUUUUUACUUUACUUUUUACUAUGCACUGUUUUUAUUUUUCUCUUCAUUUCGGGUCUCUGCAGGGCGAACUGGUGGUUUUUAUUUUUAUACUUUUAUCUUCUUGGCGAUACUUGAAAGCAUUUGUGUUGGGAUACACAUCUUUCACCCUUGAUACUAUCAAUUGACACACAAGCAAACUUGAUUGUU